UUAUGUUGUAUGACGUGUGUGUAGUGGGUGCUGGCACUAUGGGCUCCUGUACAGCUUACUACCUAUCCAAGAACAACACAAGCCUCAACAUUUGUCUUAUCGGUCCUGGGGAACCUGAAGCAAAGACACGAGAUCGUGAGGUAUUUGGGUGUCACUACGACGAAGGCAGGAUAUCACGUGUAAUCUCGCAAAUAGAAACCGAGCAGAUUUUGGCUUACCGCAGUAUGCUUUCGUAUCCGGAGCUAGAGCAGCUGUCCGGUCUUCAAAUUUUUUGGGAGGUGGGGAGCGCGGUAAUAGGUCAAGCUGGUGACUCGUUUGUGAGCGAGUUCUCCUCCGUGACAGACAAGUUCUGCAAGAAGAAUGGUUUGCUUUGUGAAGAGGUGAACGAAACCUUCGUCAAGGAGAGGUGGAGUUAUUUCCUACCACCACAAAACUGCUCUGGACGUUUUUCUAAAAAAUUCAAUGGUUACAUAAGUGUGAGAAAUUUAGUGAGGGCUUGCCAGGCUGUAGCUGAAAAUAAUGGCGUCCAGCGAAACUUCGAAGUAGUCAAAGACAUAACCAAAUAUGAAGGAAAUUUCCGAAUAGCUCUUGAAGGUGGAGAUGUAAUUUCCUGUAAGAAAAUUGUCCUAGCUUGUGGUUCUUUCACCAACUUCUUCAACAUCCUACCCAGCAAAAGGAAACUUGAACUGCAGCUGGUCGGGCACAGUGUUUUGAAACUUGAACUGAACGAGAAAGACUCCAAGGAUAUGGCUGAUUUUCCUUCCAUGAUAUACAAACCAAACCUAACCAGCAGCUAUAUUUAUAUUUUACCACCGAUCAAAUAUCCUAACGGGAAAACGUAUCUGAAAAUUGGUCACGUUGUGUACCCGAAAUUGGACGAGAAUAAGUUAGGGAAAGUGCUCACUACCCUGGAGGAAGUACAAGAGUGGUACUGCCAGAAAGACUAUCCGAAAGCAAGGAAAUAUUUUAAAGCCCACUUCGAAUCGUUAUACCCAGGGGUGAAUCCUUUAAGUGAAGAACUCGAUUUUUGCGUCAUGGCGAUGACAACCUCAGGGAAGCAAUUGAUCGGUUUUGUGGAAGAAAACUUGAUGGUGGCGGGCGGAGGGAAUGGUAAAUCUGCCAAGUUUGGACUUGAAAUCGGAAGUAUUUGUGCAGAUAGUAUAGUUAAGGGAGAGUGGGUUUGUGACCAUUUGGAUCCGGAUGAUUUUAGAGUUCGAUACAGUAAGGAACUUAGUGCUUAAUUUGAUUCAUAUCCAGACAGUGGAUCUGGAGACUUCUCAUUCAGUUCCGUUAGCAAGCCAAGAAUCUCAGAAUCUGGGAUUCUUUUUUGAUCGCCAAAUAAACCUUCAAUAAGACUAUCGAUUAAUAAAAGUAUGUUAAUCAAUCCAAAGGGCUAUUUGGACUAUUUACUGCAACUCAGUUACCAUUAUAGACCAUUAUAGACUACUCAGUCUAUAAUGGUUACAUAAGAUACAGAACAAUGCUGCUCGAUUUAUCUUUGGUAUUUACGAAAAGAAGAUACGUGAUCCUAUCAUGCUUUUUAUUACCUCAAAAAGCUCCACUGUUUGGUUUAGGAUCAAGUUAAAAAUAGCACUUCUGGUCUUCAAGUUAAUACUUAAAUAACAUAGCCUCUCAGUACUAACAAGGACACAUCAAUCUAAGAGAAGUGCGAAGUUCCGGACUAGAUGAUGACUUUAAUUUGCUAAAAGUUCCUCCUGCACCACAUUUCAGACUAACAGCUGCUGCUUUUAUUGAAAUGAACUGCCCAUCACUGCUGGGAUCUUAUUAUCUGACAAAGAUAUCGUUAAGUGACAAAGUUUGCUUAGAGGAUGACCGUGUGCCCUUCACAUCUGAAUUGGCGUGGCUCUGAAUUAACACAUAACAUCAAUGUCGUUCAGAGCCGCGCCAAUUUUGAGGGACGCACGGCCAAAGGCCCAUUCGGAAUCGAACCGGUAACAAUUGGAUGGGGUUCACAUCCGAUUUUGGAAUUUCACUUAUUCACCUUCCGCUUUUUAACAUUUUUAACUUUUACUUAAAUUGGGCUUUAACAGACUUAUUUUUUACACACUUAGCUUUUUUAUUCGUUAUAAUUUAUACUCACCCGGACCUCGAGUUACAUUUGAUAAAUAUUUAAUAAUGAGUCAAAGUUCUGCAAUAUCACUUUUAUUUUUGUUAUACGUACUUUAGUAGUUUAGUGGAAUGUUGGGAAUCUUAUGAAGGGGCCUUCGGGAGUUCGAACCAAAUUAUUUCGACUUAUUUUUGAAUGUUGAUUCCGAAUCACCACAUUUUUACAUCGCGA